AUGGUGCGACGUAGUCCCGAGGCCCCCAGUCCUACUCCUGGGGGACAGACCGCCCCGGGCUCCUCGAUCUACCCACCGGAGUAUAUAUGGAAUUCCCUCUCUGAUACCCAACGGGACUCAUUUAUGUCUACUGUGUCCGCUUCCCUUGUUGCGGCCGACGGACAGCGCAAGCGCCCACGUACAGAUCUCACUACGGAGGAGGAUGCCAACGACGGUAGGGUCCCGUCUCUUGUGUUGCCAGUCCUUCCCCGCUUCCCCGGUCUAGACCGUGCUGCCAUUAUAGCCGUUUUUGAGCACACCUUUCGCCCGAAGAAGGACCUCAUAAAACUUCGUAGCCCUGAGUUCAAAGCCUCAGCUCUGGAUGGCGAGUCUUUUGACUUAAAAUCCACAUCAUCUGGUCUGCAAUUCCGCAAAGUGGUUUCAAUCAAGGACUGGGGAUAUGACGCAUCCCUCUGGGCGCAUUGCUUCAGCAAUUAUGUCGCUAUCUGGUGUGAAUUUUUCGCUGCCAAGCACCCUUUAUGCAUCAGUGGAAUGGUCCUUUUUUACCGCCGCGUUUGUGACCUUGCUAGGGCAUAUAAAUGGCAGGAUUGUAUCUUGCAAAUGGCCCUGGACCACCACCAGAUGGUCAUCGAUAAAGGCGACCUCACCGUUUCACUUAGUGACUGGGAAAUUGGCAAAGCCCUCGAAAGCUCUUACCUACGCCCUGACAACGUGCUUCCAGCGAAGACGGCGCCGACUACCUCAACCACCCGGUCAACGCGCUCUUCCGCUGCCCCAAAUAACGAUACCGUCGAGCUCGCCGGGGCCGGCCCCGAUAUAGGUCACUCGCUGUCGCCGCCAACUAGCUGGCCAGCCCGGCGUCCCAAUACAUGUGUUCAGUUUGAGGUCUUCGACCCCUCCCUCCCGCCCAUGGGUGAUUCCGCUUCUCCCUUCAUUGCCUCGGCAUGGAAAACCCUCCUUGAACACUAUCCUGGCAAUCUAGGAACGAUUUGCAGCGGCAUCCUUACGUUUGGCUGCCGCCUCGGUUGUACGACCCCGCCGAGAUACCGUCGAACCCCUAAUCACCGCAUUGAGGAACCCUCCUUUAUCACCCAGAAGCUCUCGGAUGACCUAUUAUGCCGCCGGGUGCAACUAUGCACUGGCCCCGUCGUUGUUUCCCCAUUAGGGCUUGUGCCUAAACACGACGGGGGCUGGCGCCGGAUACACGAUCUUUCCUACCCGCCGGGUCGCAGUGUCAACGAGUCCAUCCCCGACUCUGCUUCCGCUAUACAAUAUAUCUCCAUGGAUAAUAUCCUUGAUCUCAUACUCACUUCUGGACGAGGAUGCUACAUCAUCAAGCGCGACAUCAAGGAUGCCUUCCGCAAUAUCCCCGUCGCCCCAGGUGACCGGCCCCUCUUAGCCUUCUCGUGGGAUAGCAAGACUUACAUGGAGUGUUGCCUCCCAUUCGGCCUUACAACUGCACCCUUCAUCUUCAAUCUUUUUGCCGAGGCCCUUAAUUGGCUCCUAACUGCCUACUUGCCCUUGGCAUUUAUCGUUCAUUACCUUGACGAUUUCAUCUCAAUUUUUCCUUCCUCCGUUGGAGAUGUCUCUCAAGCCCUCACCGCUUUCAAUGCCGUUUAUAUCCCUCUCACGGAUGCGUUAGGCAUCCCGCGGAAUGACUUGAAAGAUGCCGCGGGCACUGUGGUCAGUGUCCUUGGGGUCGAAAUCGACACAACACUCCUGCAGGCCCGCAUGCCUCGCGAUAAGUUAACACGCGCAUCUUCCGAGGCCGCGUCACUACUACAGCUGGAUCGUGUCUCGCAUAAAGCUUUUCAACGUGUAGUCGGUUUCCUCCAACACUGCUCAACGGUGAUCCGUCUUGGUAGAGCCCGCCUCCAGUCGCUCUAUAGCGACCUCGCGUCCUUCCCACCUCACCAGCGCUCUGUCCGUCGCCUAUCCCAUGAUAGCCGCGAGGAUCUCGCGUGGUGGAGGGACACUCUCCCGUUAUUCAACGGUAUUCAUUUCUUCGAGAAGAGCCGCCCCCUAGUUGCCCUCUACACAGACGCGUGCGACUCAGGUCUGGGCCUCUUUUUCUUCAAACCGCCCUCACGGGACUCCGCCAGGGACUGGAUGUCUGCAGCGCCGUACCUGCCUUCCACCCACGCGGCUAUUGUGGACGCCUCUUCCGCCUGCGGCGACGUGGCCCACAUUAACAUCAAGGAGGUCUCCGCGAUCCUGCAGGCCUUCCUCCUAUACAGCCCCCAUUGGGCUCAUCAUCGUGUCCUCGCUUUCACGGACAGCGCUGUCGCAUUUCAUGGCCUGUCUAAGCAGGCACUUCGUGGGCCGGCUCAUCGCCAUCUGCUCAUGCUUUUCAGCAUAGCAGCCGCCCUUGACAUCGAAGUCCAGCCACACUGGCUACCUUCAUCGGAGAACCUGCUAGCUGAUGCACUAUCCCUGGACGAGCUCCUUUCCCUUGCUCCGCCAGCCUGGUUCUCCGGCCAGCGUAUUUUCGUGAAUGCUGGCCAUGCAAAGCUGGUCUGGAAUGGUCUCGCCGAGGGAACUAGGAGAGGAUAUCGUUCCGCGCAGCACUCAUACGCCCGUACAUGUGCUCUUCUUGGAGUGCAGCCGUGGCCAGCAACAGCCCCGGCGAUCUGCACUUGGCUAACGGAACGUCUGCUUGGCGCGGGUAGUUCCCCACCGGUAAAGCCCGAUUCAGCUAUGUCCGAGCUCUCGGCUCUCCGCGCGUAUCACAUCGACAAUGGUCUACCUGACACCAUUUUUGACCUCCACGCAAAGCAUUUCCGUCGCAUGGUCGAUGGCGCUCGCCGACUGCAACCUCCCCGUCCAAAGCGGAUUCGCAAUCCAAUCUCUCGUGCCUCAGUCAUAACCCUUUCAGGGAAUAUCUCACAUCUCCCUGCCCAACCGCUAAAGCUCUCGGAAGCCCAGAAAAAUGAUCUCAAUCUUGCCGUGGCUGCCCGCGUCGCCUUCGCCGGAUUUCUUCGGGUCGGAGAGUUCACAUACUCAGCGGCUGACCGUAGAAAUACCCAGGUCUUCGCCGGUACCAAAUUAACCCGGGGGGAUAUCAGGUUCUCCCCCACCAUGGACCACGUCCUCCUUACCUUGAAGAGAAGCAAGACCGACAGAAACCACGAAGGUGUCAAUAUUGUCCUAGCAGCGACAAACGAUGCAGCCUGCCCCGUCGAAGGCCUUUCUAAGCUAUUCCUCCAUGACUCCCAACCCAUGAUUGCCCCCUUAUUUACGCUCUCUACCGGGCCUUUUUCUUCAUCCGCCUUCCAACGUGCGGUUAUCUCUAAGCUCCAACGUGCCGGGGAAGAUACCACGGGACUUAAGGGUCACAGUUUCAGGAAAGGGGCAGCACAACACGCCUUCGAUGCAGGCUUAAGAAAUGAUCACAUCCAAGCCCUUGGGCGAUGGUCUUCGGAAGCUUUCCGUCUUUACUUUACGACGCCUACGACAACACUGUACGCCUGGAACCGUCAAUUCCAGACUGGUCAUCCAACUCCAGUCUCAUCUUCCGUACCACCGGCCCCUCCACCAUCCUCUUUUGGCCCACCGGGUCACAUGGGCCCGCCUGCAGCCCUCACGGCGCUGUAG